CGUGGAUUCAUUGACAAAUCUCAUUUCCAGAGUGUUGCUUCGUGUAGCGGUGUGCGCGCAGAUGGCGUCUUGCAAACGCGUCGCGAUUUCCGUUUCAACAGCGACGAGGUUCAUAGGGCACUAGCUUUGUGAAACGCCGCUGACAUUGUUGGCUUCCUCGGCUAGCCUUCAGUGUUGUGUUGUCCUGCUGAUUAAUGAACGCUCCCGUAGUGCAGCGUGACGCUACCGUGUUAGCAGUUCUUACCGUUAGCCCCUCUCUUUAUCCCAGGUGUCAAUAGGCGAGCGAGAAAUGAUGAUGCUGCAGUUAACCCGUUUAUUGUCUACUCUCGGUGUGUUUUGGGCUUUGAGCCUCACUCAGCCGACUGUCCGAUGACUAAAGCCGAGGCUUACUGAAGGAUAUUUAGAUAGCUAUUUCUCCUUUUAACUGCAGAGGAUCAAAUUAGGAGACGCUUUGACAUCCGAGCUAGUCCCACACAGCUCAUCCUGACCAGUCCCAUCACCUGGGACACUUCUGGACAAGGAAUACAGGGGGAGACUUGACUAUCCCACCGGCGUGGGGCUGUUUUCCUUUGUGCACGGUGGGGUCUGAGUGAAGGCUGAAAGAUGGUCUGAUGGACCGCCGCUUCUUCUUGACCUUCCUCUUCUGCUCAGUGUCGUGGAUCUUCUUCUGGGAGGUGCGCUGGAAGAAAGGAAAAGAAAGUGAGAUUGAGGAAUGGCUCCAAGGGCAUAGCCUCUCUCAGUACAAGCACUUAUUUGAAGAUGUACAGACAUUGGAGGAACUGAGUCUGAGUGCGCUGAGCCGUCUGGAAGAGGUGGUGAAGGAACAGCAGCGCUGGAGGGAAAUUGCAGAGGCUCACAUCCAGCUCCUCCGAGACUUUGCCUUCAAGGAGUGGCUGUGCUCCCAGAACCUGGAGCACUACUACCAUACACUAAAGACCUGGGGUUGUAUGAAUCUGGAUGAUCUGUCUCAGUUUGACAAUCAGCUGCAGCUCUCACUCGCUGCCUGGGGCUACUACUACGAAGACUACAUAAAGUUGUCCACCGGCAUCAAGAUUCUCCAGAACUCCAGAGGGAGCCGCGACCAGGAUUACGAGAUCCGGCUGGUUCACAGCCUUGCUGAGAGGCGUCUGAAUGAGAAGUGGUCGAUCGCUGGCGCUCUCAUAUUUGGCUGUACUGUGGCACUGUGCUUCUUGAUAAGGGACCUCAUGUUUUACGUGAUUGGUGGAAUUACUGUUUCCAUCAUAGCGUUUGUCUUCACCAUCAAGUUCCUCUGCGAGCUCGCAGCGAGGGUGGUCAGCUUCUUGCAGAAUGAGGAUCCAGGGCGACGCGGUGAUCGCAGCAUCUACGACUAUGUCCGGGGCAACUAUCUGGACCCACGUUCCUGCAAGGUGUCGUGGGACUGGAAGGAACCACAGGAAGUGGGGCAGACGAUGAGCUUCAGGGUUCAGCUGUUCUAUAAGAAUGGUCAGCCUUUUCCAGCCCAUCGCCCCGUGGGACUGAGGGUCAACAUCACACACAUUGAGCUGGCGCUGGACAUUCCUGUUACACAGGAGGUUCUGCAAGAACCGGAGUCCAACGUAGUCAAAGUGGCCUUCACGGUGCGCAAAGCUGGCCGCUACGAGGUUGCUGUCAAGCUGGGUGGGCUCAAUGUGGCCUACAGCCCGUAUUACAAGAUAUUCCAGCCAGGUACAGUUGUUCCAUCCAAAACCAAGAUAGCCUACCAUUUCUCCACCCUGGUGCUAACAAAUGGGCAGCAGCAUACUUUACAAAUUGAGCCGAGGGACGAGUACGGCAACCCUACCAGCAACUCCACAUCUCUCACAGAUGAAGCCAACUACAGCGUCCAUGUGCACUCUCUGGGCACAGCGGACGAUGACAAUCUGACUUCAGACUUCUAUAGUAAGUCAGUUUCACUCAACAAGCAGCAGUGCCAGGUUCUGCUGAGACUAACGCUGAGGAAGACGGGCUGCUUCAGGACUCGCAUCUCCUACAAGAAUCAGCCGCUCAGCAACGGGGAAUUUGACAUUAUUGUUCUCAGUGAGAAUGAAAAGGCCUCUGUGGAGAAAAAUGUGUCCACUCCAGGCAUAAGCAUCUACUUUGAGGCGUACCUUUACAGCAGCGGGAAUUACAGCAGUUCAUCGUGGCAGUUACCUGCGUCCGCUCUGCUGGCUCCCCAGAGGAGGCCGUCCAUGGGAGAAGAAGAGGAUGAGCACGACUCUCCUGUGGAGGGACAACCUGAGAAGGUCAAGAAACCAAAAAAGGUCUACUGUUACAUAUCGCCAAAGCAACUAUCCGUGAAGGAGUUCUACCUGAAAAUUAUUCCAUGGCGCCUUUUCACCUUUCGAGUGUGUCCAGGAACAAAGUUUACCUAUUAUGGUCCUGACCCGGUUCACAAGUACCUAACGCUAGUGGUGGAUGAUGGGAUACAGCCUCCCGUUGAGCUCAGCUGCAAAGAUAGGAACAUCAUGGCAGCCACCUUCAUUCGCUUCCUGCACAAGAACAUCGGUGGCUCCGAAACCUUCCAAGACAAGGUGAACUUCUUUCAACGGGAACUCAGGCACAUCCACUCCAAGAGACCUCGCACCAAGACCUGCCUAAAAAUCAGUCGACACUCCAUUCUAGACUCGUCCCUGAAGGCUACAAGGAACUUCUCAGUGUCCGACUGGAGUAAGAACUUCGAGGUCGUGUUCCUGGAUGAGGAAGCUCUGGACUGGGGUGGGCCUCGCAGGGAGUGGUUUGAGCUGAUAUGCAAGACCCUGUUUGACACUUCCAACCAGCUGUUCACCCGCUUCAGUGAUAACAACCAGGGCCUGGUGCACCCAAACGCCGAAAGGCCGACACAACUGCGUCUGAAGAUGUAUGAGUUUGCGGGUCGCAUUGUGGGGAAGUGCCUGUACGAGUCGGCCCUGGGCGGAGCCUACAAGCAGCUGGUCCGAGCUCGCUUUACUCGCUCCUUCUUGGCUCAGAUCAUUGGCCUUAGGAUGAACUACAAGUACUUUGAGACCGAUGACCAGGAGUUCUACAAAACUAAAGUCUGCUUCAUCCUAAACAAUGACGUGAGUGAAAUGGACCUGGUGUUUGCCGAGGAGAAGUACAGCAAGUCGGGACAGCUGGAGAAGGUGGUGGAGCUGAUAUCAGGGGGAGCUCAGAUCGCCGUUACCAAUGAGAACAAGAUGCAUUAUCUCAACCUGCUGGCUCAGUACAGGCUGGCCAGCCAGGUGAGAGAUGAGGUGGAACACUUCCUCAAAGGUUUGAACGAACUGGUUCCAGAAAACCUGCUAGCCAUAUUUGAUGAGAAUGAGUUAGAGCUGUUGAUGUGUGGCACCGGUGACAUAAACGUGCAGGACUUCAAGGCGCACGCUGUGAUCGUCGGAGGAUCCUGGCACUUCAGAGAAAAGGUGAUGAAGUGGUUCUGGGCGGUCGUAUCCAGCUUCACCCAGGAAGAGCUGGCACGUCUGCUGCAGUUCACCACCGGCUCCUCUCAACUUCCCCCCGGGGGAUUCAACACUCUCUGCCCCUCCUUUCAGAUCAUUGCUGCCCCCACACAUAGCACUUUGCCCACUGCACAUACCUGUUUUAACCAGCUGUGCCUCCCUACCUACGACUCCUACGAGGAGCUGCACAAGAUGCUGAAGCUGGCCAUCAGCGAGGGCAGCGAGGGCUUCGGCAUGCUCUGACUCCUCCUCCGCCGCCGGCGGCACUGUGGAUCCGCUCGUAUAAAAAAAAAAAAAGGGAGACCCUGCGCUCAUCCGCAUUUAACAGUCAGAGACUCACGCAGACUCUACGAACACUCUCUAGGGAUGAUGACACAAAGUGGAACUCGAUCAUGAACUCUAUCACUGCUGUAUGUAAAUAAAAUAUCUUGCUUUUGUAAGAAAAAAAAAAGAAACAAUGGACUGCAGAAAAAAAAGGUGAGGUUGGGGCUACUUUUAUUUCGCUGCAGUUAGCUUCGUUUUAUAUGUUUGGGAGACGAAUGACGCCGGUGCAGAGGCCUCGAGUAUAACUGUAUAGCCGCUUCCUUUGCAUCUCGCAGACUGAGGAGCACGCACGUGCGACAGCAAGCCUACACGCCACGUGGGCGACGCGUGCGUCCACAGCACUUUGGCCUUAAUCGAUCAGGGACUGAUGUGUGUAUGUAAAUAUAUAUUAUCACUCUUUUAUCUCGAUCCUUGUACAUACUAGUGUGUAUACAUGCGUUUUCGACUUUUAAGGAGAAGGGAUUUCUUUACCGCUGCACAUCUGCUGGGUCGGGAGUUAGUAGGAGUUUUCUGUCUGAGACAAAUUAGGGGAGGUGGGGGUUAAAAAGAAGCCAAGUCGUUUCUGUUGUUUCCAUAUGUUUUUAACUUAUUGUUUGGUAUAGAGAUGUUUGUGUUUAUCCGUCCUGUUGAAAACAGGUUUCGUCGGUUUCUGUUGUUUUGUACCCAGCCUUAUUCAUGCCUCUGAUUGUAUCCAGAGAGGCGCGUAGGUGAGACAAACAUAGACAAUACUAGUUAAUAGUUGUGUUAUACGCAGGAGUCGGUGUGGACAUGGGCGGCCGGCAAGAGAGAGCCCAUAUAUGACGUGUUUUGUCACAUAUGCUUUUUACCUUGUCGUUCACAGCCUUUUACCUCAGAAUCUCCAUUGCCACCUAUGCAUCCUCCCACACAGGUGCGUUUGUUUUCACGCACCUUGGCAGCAGAGCCGCUUGCCGGUGACUGCCUCCUUCCAGUCCGGACUGUGCAGCCUUUAGCCAUAAGCUCCCUCAUCCUCCGUAAACUAAAUGGAAGCGUUGUAUAUCUUUGGAGAAUGUGCCCUCCUCGUGUUUUUGUUUUAUCGUAAUGGUAUUCAACAUCCUGAGCCAACAGAACGCUUGUUUCUUUGUUCGUGGUUUUUGUAGCUGUUUCUUGUUCUGUUCCAGAGUUUACACGAUCAUUAGCCAUUUUGUAACAGUGUACGUAUGCUGCCAGUCAGAAUGUUUGUAGAUCUGUAGAGCGUUUAGGACAAGUGGUGUUUGUCGAAAAGCAGGGGGGGAAAUGUUAAUAGAUGACGACGGUUCCUCUCACGGCGCGCGCCGAGCACUCGGAGACGCAGUAGGUGUCGCGGGCUAGAGUCGGUUGGAUUGGGUCAUCGGCGCCGACACAGUGUCCACACUUUCGCUGACCUUUUCAUCCGUUAAGAGGGUUUACGGAUUUGUGUUUGUUUGGGUUGUGCAAUGUUGUGCUGAGAACAUCGAAAAUGUUAUAAGUGCAUAUGAAAAUACUCCAUCAAGUGUGUGUGUGUGUGUGUGUGUGUGUGUGUGUGUUUUCAGCACCAGUGGCUGAGAUCAUAUUUAUCAGAUUCAAAGGUAGCAAAGAAAAAUGAUGGACAUUCGGCCUCUAGUUUUAUGUUCUUGUUGAAUGUCUUUCUUUUCAUGUGCAUUUACUACUCUUUGUUUUAUAUCAGCAUGGUUUCUAGGUUAGAUGGCUCCGGUUUGACUUUUAGAAGUGUAGAUAUUGUGAGAUAUUUGCCUAUGACUGAGGGGGGGGUACUCUGUUUUUUUUUUGUUUUUUUUUUUUAAUGGCAAAACUCUACUGAUGAAUGUUGAGAUUCACUGGACUGCAGGUCCUUCGUUUAUGGGAAUAAAAGUGACAGAAUAAACUCUUAUCAUGCUAUUUCAA